AUGCCGCGCAAAAAGCAGACCGGACGGAAGGCGAGGGAUGAGGCCGUAGACGGAGAAGAUGGUGACCAGCGCAUUGAUGAUGAGCAGGUGGAUGACGAGACGCCCACCUCCGGCGGACUCGAAAGCGUCGAGGCGGCCAUCGAUCAGCUGCUGGAAAGCAGGACCACCACUCGCGAGAAGGCUCUCCAGGAAGUCAAAAAGGGCCUGCAGCUCCACUACGCCUACGACCUCGUCGAGAAGUGGAGGACUACGCUGUCGGAGGGCAUCAUGCGCGGCCUGAAGAAGGGCAGGGAGGCCGAGUUCAAGCUUGCAGCGCAGCUCCUCGACGUGGUCGUCCUCACGCUGGGCGCCGAGAGCGAGGAGCUCUACGCCGAGUUCAGCCCCGUGCUCUCGGUCUUCAUCAAGGACCCCACCGCCUCGUCGGUCGCGGCCACGUCGUUCGCGCUGUUGACGUUCGUGGGCUGCACGGACCAAGUGUCGAUCAAGGAGAACGUCAAGAUGCUGGAGGAGACCUUCACUGGCACCCACUCGACCGCCUUCCUCCCCGCCGUGUUGCGCGCGUGGGGCCUCCUCCUGUCCACGAUGCCCGUCAAGUACAUCGAGACCGAGGCGCUCCCCAAGUACGGCAAGAAGCUGGUCGCCCUGCUCGACCUCGACGAAUUCGAAGCCCGCCUGGCCGCCGGCGAGAUCAUCGCCCUCCUCUUUGACGUGCUCCAGGAGGCCAAGGAAGACGCCGAGGAGGAGUUCGAUCUGGCCGACUACGAGUCGUGUCUGGACAUCGACGACCUGAUCGACAAGCUGAAGGAGCUGUCGGCCACCUCGGGCCACCACAUCUCCAAGAAGGACAAGGCCAAGCUCAAGUCCUCCUUCAAGGACAUCCUCCGCUCGGUCGAGUCGGGGUCGGUGCCUACGGAGACCAUCACUGUGGGCAGCACCAAGGUGGAGUUCCAUUCGUGGGAGCGUCUCGUGCAGCUCAACUUCGUGCGGCAAACGCUCGCCGAGGGCACGCUCGUGCAUUUUGAGAGCAACGAGCUGCUGCAGCAGAUCUUCGGCUUCACGGCCACGACCAAGGCGCAGAAGCCCCAGUACUCGAAGCUGGAGAAGCGGCUCUACCUGUCGGCCAACAGCGCCGCGGCCAAGGACCAGACCCUGGCCAUGCGCCGCUCGCGACAGAACUUCGGCCGCGAGUCCAAGACCAGGCUCUUCGCCCGUGACGAGGAGGACGACUGA